UCUCGAUCUGCAUGUGGUCUAAUUUCGAUCUGGAUAAGGUAAAAAAAACACGACCUGGAUAAGGCAAAAAAAACACGAUCUGGAUAAGGCCGAUACGACGAUCUGGAUAAGGUCCAAUUUCUGGCAAUUAUUGGUUGGGCUAGUGGUUAAUUACUUAACUUUCUCUCCUUUUUUUUUUUUUUUUUUUUUCUUAUCUUUCUCUCCUUCUCCGCACGCCGGGCGGGUUUUCAAAUGGGGUCCAGCUUUUCUCUCUUUCCUUCGACAAGCGGCACCAGUGCGUCGUGCUCCUCAAGCGAUACUGCAGCUCAGUCGCACAGCGGCUAUGGUGGAAGAAGCUCCUCCAUAGCCACGCGAGGAAGGAGGCCGCGAUACCAUUCUCGUUCUCUCACGCUUGUGAGAAAGGAGCAAGUGUACGGAAAGUACGGUAAAGCAGGGAGAGUAGGAGGAGGAGGAGGAGGAGGAGGAAAAGGAGGAGGAGGAGGAGGAGGAGGAAAAGGAGGAGGAGGAGGAGGAGGAGGAGGAGGAGGAAAAGGAGGAAGUAAUAGCGAUGGCGGAGACCGGAAGGGAGAGGGGACGGGAAGCGGCGGCUAUGGGGGUGCAGUGAAGGGGGUUGAACGACGGCACCCUUAUGUUCCUCACCCGUACGCGCCUCCAGCCCAUCGACGACAGCCAUCAAAAGCCAUUCCAGAUCGGUACACCACUUUCGAACAGGUACAGGAAGCUCUCAGGGAGGCAGGCCUGGAGUCUAGCAACCUUAUUGUGGGCUUUGACUUCACGAAGAGCAAUGAAUGGACAGGGCGGUCGUGCUUUGGUGGGCGCUCACUCCAUGCGAUUGGUGGGGAGCCCAACCCCUACAUGGAGGCAACGUCCAUCAUCGGACACAUGCUUAACAGCUUUGAUGAUGACAAUGAAAUUCCCUGCUUCGGCUUCGGAGAUGCCACCACGCAUGAUUCUGGUGUGUUCAGUUUCUUUGCAGAUCACCGGCCUUGUAAUGGCUUCGAGGAGGCAUUGAUGAGAUACAAACAGAUAGCGCCAUAUGUGCGCCUUGCAGGUCCGACAUCCUUUGCACCAAUUAUUGAGAUGGCGAUUGGCAUUGUUGAGGCCAGCGGCGGGUCUUAUCACAUACUCCUCAUAAUCGCGGAUGGCCAGGUUACCAGAAGCAUUGACACAGAUGCAAACAAGCUGAGCGUUCAGGAGGAGGCGACCAUCAAUGCUAUUGUUGCUGCCAGUGAUUAUGCGCUGUCUAUCGUAAUGGUUGGAGUUGGUGAUGGACCUUGGGAUAUGAUGAAGGCCUUUGACGAUCAUCUGCCGCAGCGCGCAUUCGACAACUUCCAGUUUGUGAAUUUCACUGAGAUUUCAUCGAAGCCGCUAACUCAGAAGGAGAAGGAGCUGAAAUUUGCCGUUGCGGCGCUGAUGGAGAUACCCUGUCAGUACCAGGCAACUGUGGACAUGAGACUUUUGGGCCGGCGGACGGGAAAUGCGCCUAUUCGGGCACCCCUGCCGCCUCCUACAGCUGUGCUGCAGGCUGAUAUGCGAAGGGAACUUCGGUCGGAUCCACACAGUGAUCCGGACAGAUCCAGACAUGUCCAGAUGGUCCAGAUGGUCCAGGUCUCUCCUGUCAAGCCAUGUCCGGAUGGUCCCGCUCGCCCCAUGGCACUUGUGUUCCGGACAGAUCCAGACAUGUCCAGAUUGACCGCCCACCUUCCACAUCAGCAACCUAUGCGAAUGCUCAAGCUAAUGCCAAUGAAGAUAGACUCCGAAGAUGCCACGUCAGCAAAGGAAGUGGGGAGUCUCUUAUGAUAGGCACAGAGUUUGAUGAUUAACUUAUUCUCGAAGCAGUCUCCCUUACGAUAAAUACUAAGGGGCACU